AUGCCCGCCAGCAUGUUCAGCAUCGACAACAUUCUGGCCACCCGGCCGCGCUGCAAGGACUCGGUGCUCCCGGUGGCGCCCAGCGCCGCGGCUCCGGUGGUCUUUCCGGCUCUGCAUGGGGACUCGCUCUAUGGCGCGGGCGGUGGCACCUCCUCGGACUACGGCGCCUUCUACCCGCGUCCUGUGGCCCCUGGAGGCGCGGGCCUCCCGGCCGCGGUCGGCGGCUCCCGCCUAGGCUACAACAGCUACUUCUACGGGCAGCUGCACGUGCAGGCGGCGCCCGUGGGCCCGGCCUGCUGCGGGGCUGUGCCGCCGCUGAGCGCCCAGCAAUGCUCCUGCGUCCCCACACCCCCAGGCUACGACGGCCCCGGCUCUGUGCUGGUGUCCCCGGUGCCGCACCAGAUGCUGCCCUACAUGAACGUGGGCACGCUGUCGCGCACUGAGCUGCAGCUGCUCAACCAGCUGCACUGUCGGCGGAAGCGGCGGCACCGCACCAUCUUCACCGACGAGCAGCUCGAAGCCCUGGAGAACCUCUUCCAGGAGACGAAGUACCCAGACGUGGGCACUCGGGAGCAGCUGGCCCGGAAGGUGCACCUCCGGGAGGAGAAGGUGGAGGUCUGGUUUAAAAACCGCCGAGCCAAAUGGAGACGACAGAAGCGGUCCUCUUCGGAGGAGUCGGAAAACGCCGAGAAGUGGAACAAGGCGUCCUCGAAAGCCUCGCCCGAGAAGAGGGAAGAGGAAGGUAAAAGCGAUUUGGACUCGGACAGCUGA